GCGAGCGUAGCACGCGACCCUUUAGUGUGUUGCUCGCUGAGAAACGAGUGGCUAUGUAAGGUAUCAGGGAUUAGCCUGCUCGUGUGUUUCUACUUUAAUCCUGAAAAUAUUGGACAAUUCUCCUGCGUAUCUGUCUGGCUAGAAGACACGAAGAAUCCAGGAAGCAGAGAAAACCGAGCGGAUCCAAAGUUCUGGCACGGGUUUAGACGACAGGGUGGCCGCCGACGGCCACGAAAACCCGGGGGACACGGAUCGUGGGCAACAAGUCAGCGAGAAACGGCGCGUGACCAACACGUUCGCGCUGCCAGAUUUACGGCAAUAAAAAUGGGCUACAACCAACGAACGAUCCUGAUGAAAUUAUAACUUCCUUCGAUUUUCCAUACGGCGUUCUCCUUCAACGAAUCCUAUUGUUCCCUCUACAAGCUUGGAAAUCGAUACACUCAAGUGGACAGCAAUCAUUUUUUCCCAAUCUCUAUUUUGUUCUUCGAACAAUGACUUCUGUAUAGAGGAUUUGAGCGAUUAGUUCAAUUCGAAUCAGUGCCUGAAGAACAAUGAAAAGAAGGAAGUUUAUCAACCUGGAUCCAUCAAGAAAUUUCAGACUUGGUAAAUCUACUUCAGCUCCAGACUACCCCCUUUUAAAGAAGCCUUCGAACGUUCCCCCGAAGCAACCCUCGAUAACUAAGCCCAGUUACCACGAGGAAUAAAUUGAUCGAUCUACCCCCGUGGGCAUAAUCUACCGGCGGAGCGGACAGAUGUCCCGGGUGGACGUUGCGACGGGAUCGGAUGGCGUGGCAUGGUGCACGGUGGCGUCGAAGACACGCACGGUGCGCCCCCUGAUGCGGGGUGGGCAAGUAUUGAUUGGGUGGGCGCCGCGUUCGUCGGCGUCGUAGUCAGAGUGCAAGAGGGUGGCGGAAUCGGCAGGCGCCAUCACGCGGGGCCACCGCGACCGUCGUCUGAAGGGCCGUCCAGCCAGUGGCCGCGAUCUCGAUUCACCGAAAAGAUGGUCAUGAUGGCUGGCAUGGACGACCACGAGCGCAAAGUCGUCCUCGAAUUCUGCCACCUGCUCGAGAAGAGCAAGCAGCUGUUCAACGGGCUACGGGAUCUGCCACAGUACGGGCACAAGCAGUGGCAGGGAUACUUUGGGCGCACCUUUGACAUCUACACGAAGCUCUGGAAGUUCCAGCAGCAGCACAGGACGAUACUGGAUACGAAGUACGGCCUGAAGAGGUGGCAGAUCGGCGAGAUAGCCAGUAAGAUCGGCCAGCUCUACUACCACUACUACUUGCGCACCAGCGAGACCAGUUACCUGCACGAGGCCUAUUCGUUCUACGCGGCGAUAAGGGGUCGCGCUUACUACAGCCGCGCGGCCAAGGAGGACAGGAGCGACCUGAUGGUGAAGAAGUUGAGGUACUACGCCCGCUUCAUCGUCGUCUGUCUUUUGUUGAAUCGUAUGAAGCUGGUACGCGAGCUGGUGCAAGAGUUGGACGCCCAGAUCGCCGACUACACGAGCACCUACGAACCGGACGAUCAGCUCGAGUGGAACCUGGUGCUCGACGAGAUCAAGGCGUUCGUCAAGGCCGAGUCGGCGGUCGGCGUGGUGCACUCGGACUCGAACCCGGUCGUACUGACCCACAGGCUAGGAGCCCAGACCUCGCCGCCGGUCGAACGUACGCCACCCAUGUGCCUAUCACUGCAGGAGAUCCUGAUCGUCGGCAAUUGCGCCGACCAGGUGAAAUUCAGUGAAUUGUCGAUGGACAUGUUCAGGAUGCUGCAGACUCUCGAAAGAGAGCCGAGAGACGAUCCGAAUCACCUGCACGACGCGUCGCCGGCUGGCAGGAUGCCCUUCAGGCCUGGUCCCUACCCUGGCGCGGAGAACGGCGCGCCAAGACGCGACAAUCCCCACAAGUACCUCUUGUACAAGCCCACCUACAGCCAGGUACAGGUAUUCCUCGCGAGCGGUUUCAAGGAACUGCCCGCCAACGGGGCGCUGCUACUCUACCUGUCGGCGGACGGAUGCUUCUCCACCGUUAAACAUCCCGAAGAAAUGGGGUACGACCUGGGUGGAGUGUCGACGUGCAGCAAGAGGGACCCGGAACACGGGAAGAGGCCGACAGGUGGUAAGGAGCCACACUGUCUCUAUCCGGGUGACCUCUACCCGUUCACCAGGAAGCCUCUGUUCGUGGUCGUCGACUCGGACAACAGUUUCGUGUUCCAACAGAUACCCCGUUACUUUGGUCAGCCUUUAAUGGUGCUGAUGUCGCCGCAGGACACGCCGCCAACCUUACGAGAUGUCCGACACGGUGGCAGCCUGUUCACCCUGUUUCUCCACGCCCCUUUAGCCGCGUUUUGCCUUAUUUGCAACAUCGGCAGCCUGGCCGUGCACCACUGGGAGCGGUGCCAGCGUUACAUCGAGCGGUUCCUCAUCGAGGCCUGUCAGCUCGUCACGCGCUCCAGAUGCGAGACCAGCGUGCUGCAAUUCUUCGGCGACGAUUUCCUACGCCUGUUGCUGGUUCGCUACGUGUUCUGCGACGUGGUGUUGAAUCUCCAUCGGUCGUUCAGGGGUCGACAGCAAAGGCCCCGAUGCCAUCCGCCGUUACCGGACGCCGAGGUCCUCGAACAUCCGACUCUUCAUCAUCUGGUGCUCGACCUGGCCGCCUGUCUCGACUGUCGUGACCAUUUUCCGGACAGCAACGAGCUCGCCUGACCCAGGCAUCUUCCCUGCCCGGCCCCGGAGUCCGCGUCCCUGUUGCCACCUUAUACCCACGACUACGAUUACGAUUACUGUAACUACAAUUGCAACAAUAAAAUCGUUACACUGAGACCUCAUUAAGAGCCGCGUCCAGAUCGCCGCGAGUGUUAUAUUAUACGAAGGCGCGUGUAACAGCUCGAUUAAUCGUCGAGCAGUCUCAGGGUAACCGGGCGUCUCGCUGCGUUCACGAUGGACAACCGGGAACGAUGUCAUCGAGGAUGAUAAAGAGAAGAGAAAAAAAUAUGCAGGAAGAAUUUUCUCUCUAACGUUCUAUGUUAAUCGCGACACACCGCUGCCAGUUUUUUGCUACGGACUAGUAACGAAACACAAAAAAAAAAAAAAAAAAGAGAAAAAAGUCUAUAUAUAUAUAUA